UCAGUGGAUUCACCAUUGGUCUAGAGUCCAGGGGAGUGGGGGGAGGAUAGAAAAACAGACAGAGAGACAGGCUGACCAACACAGACACGGAGGAGCUUUGUUACCCUUUGAGAUGAAGCUUUCAGUGAUCGCAAGUUUGUUUUCCCUCCUGCUCCUCACUGAGGGCUUCUUCAUCACCUUGGAGUCCAGCCUCUAUCUCCCCUGCCUCACUGUGGACGCCCCCAAACUCAACGACCCGACGCUAUCCUGGACCUUCACCCCCACUUCCCCACCCAACUCCUCCACCAUCCCCCUCUCUUCCACUGGCGACCGUGUCCGUGUCUCUCAGAAGGAUGGACAUCUGUCCUUGAGUAGGGUGGGACUGGAGGACCAGGGGACAUACACCUGCCAGGUGACGGGAUACCUGGGUGACAGAAUGGUCAAGCUGAAGAGCUCCUACCCAGUCGAGAUUUACCAGGCCCGCUUUGAGCUGUGGGAACUUGUGGAGGGGCAAACAGGAGGCAAACUGCGGCUUCCCUGCAGCCCCCCCCCCCCUGUUCUUCCCGCCAGCUCUCGCACCACCUAUCAGGCGGUUUGGUACAAAGUGACGCAGCAGGGGAAGGAGAGGGUGUUCCCACGGAUUAGGGGAGAGCUGGGGGAGGGAAGUGAGAGCAGAUUCAGUUGGUCUUCUUCCAGCCAUGAGAAAGAUGACUAUUCGCUUGAAAUAAGUGACGGCACCCUGGAGGACUCAGGAGUGUACCAGUGUGAUCUGGUAGAAAGUAGGACUCUACAGAAGCCCGUGUGGUCACAGAAGACAGAACUCAGCGUCAGAGAGCCUCCCACUGAACCGCCUCCCCUGUGCUUGGACUACAUAUCGCCAUGGGGAGACUGUGUGUCUGAGAGUUCUCGAUCAGGGAGGGCAAUCCUACAGGAGUCCCUGAAUGAAUUCUCCCUAAAAGUCUACUCCCAGCUCCGCGAAGCAGACAAAACCCAAAAUCUGCUCUUCUCACCCAUCAGCAUCGCUUUGGUCCUGACACACCUGCUGUUGGGCGCUGAUGGCGACACCCGGAUGCACCUGGAGAACGCCCUCAGUCUGCCACCUUCUUUCUCCUGCCUUCACAACGAGAUAAAGAACCUGAGAGUUGAGCUGAAAGACAGCGUGGAGAUUGCCUCCAACAUCUACCACAGCCCUGAGCUGAUGUUGAAUGACCUCUUCAUCAACCAAUCAAAGCUGUUCUACAGUGCGGUGCCGGAGAAACUCACCAAUAGCAGUGAGAAGAAUGUGGAAAUGAUCAAUAACUGGGUGGCAGAGAAGACUCACCAUCGUAUCAAGGAACUGGUCGACUCAAUGCCGCAGGAAUCUUUGCUGGCGUUACUAAAUGCUGUCUACUUUAAGGGGAAGUGGAGGGUGGUGUUUGAGGGCGUCAAUAAAAACGCCCCGUUCGUCUCUUUGACGGGAGACGUCAUCAACACCCCUGUACUGUACAGCAGUAAAUACAAGCUGGUCCAACACUACGUCCCGCCCCUCCGGGCACAGGUGGCAGAGUUUCCCCUGUCAGGGAAGAUGAGCCUCUACAUCCUGCUCCCCUCCACCCCCUCUGCGGAGGGCCUGCAGGCACUGGAGGAGAGGAUGAGCCCUGUCACGGUGAAGACCAUGGUGGAGACACUGAGCAAAGUGGCCCCUCAGAUGACCGAGGUCAUGCUGCCCAAAAUCAAGCUGGAUAUCAAAACUAACCUAAUGGAUCUGCUGGAUGGCAUGGGUCUGACGGAUCUCUUUGACGCCCCUAAGCUGUGCGGCCUCACCUCGAUGCACACGGACACGCCCCUCUCGCUGACGGACGCCCGGCACCGCGCCUUCCUCUCUCUGACGGAGGAGGGGGUGGAGGCGGGGGCCGUCACCUCCCUCUCCUUCUCCCGCUCCUUCCCCACCUUCACCGCUCUGCGGCCCUUCGUGAUGGUGCUGUGGAACCACGAGGUCCAAAGCCCACUCUUCAUGGGGAGGGUGACCAAGCCCUGAAGGGGAGGGUGGAGGGCGGGGGGUGAGGGGGAGAGAGAAGGAGAAAGGCAGAAAGAGAGAGAGG